AUGCUUCGCCAAACAGCCACAUCCACGAUCCGUCCACUCACUAGAGUCCUAAGAUCCACCGCCCGUUUCGCUUCCACCACAAGCAAACCACAACCCACCGAGGUCUCCUCGAUCCUCGAGGAAAGAAUCCGCGGGGUCGCCAACGACACUAAUUUGAAUGAAACUGGGAGAGUCUUAGCUGUCGGGGAUGGUAUCGCUAGAGUCUUUGGUCUAAAUAACAUUCAAGCAGAAGAAUUGGUCGAAUUCUCCUCCGGUGUUAAGGGGAUGGCUUUGAAUUUAGAACCAGGUCAAGUCGGUAUCGUCCUUUUCGGGUCCGAUAGAUUGGUUAAAGAGGGUGAAUUGGUUAAGAGAACGGGGAAGAUUGUUGAUGUCCCCGUCGGUCCUGCCUUGUUAGGUAGAGUUGUCGACGCAUUGGGGAACCCAAUUGAUGGGAAGGGCCCAAUUAAGGCUGAGAAAUACUCAAGAGCUCAAGUGAAGGCUCCAGGUAUCUUGCCAAGAAGAUCUGUUCAUGAACCUGUACAAACUGGGUUGAAAGCUGUUGAUGCUUUGGUCCCAAUUGGGAGAGGUCAAAGAGAAUUGAUCAUUGGUGAUCGUCAAACGGGGAAAACCGCCGUUGCUUUGGAUACUAUCUUGAAUCAAAAAAGAUGGAAUAAUGGUAAGGAUGAAUCUAAAAAAUUGUAUUGUGUUUACGUCGCCAUUGGUCAAAAGAGAUCCACUGUGGCUCAAUUGGUUCAAACUUUAGAACAACAUGAUGCUUUGAAAUAUUCUAUCAUUGUUGCUGCUACCGCUUCUGAAGCUGCUCCAUUACAAUAUUUAGCUCCUUUCACCGCUGCAUCCAUUGGUGAAUGGUUUAGAGAUAAUGGGAAACAUGCUUUGAUUGUCUAUGAUGAUUUGUCCAAGCAAGCCGUCGCAUACCGUCAAUUAUCCCUAUUAUUGAGACGUCCACCUGGUCGUGAAGCUUACCCAGGUGAUGUCUUUUAUUUACAUUCAAGAUUAUUGGAAAGAGCCGCUAAAAUGUCUGAAAAGGAAGGUGCUGGUUCAUUGACCGCCUUACCAAUCAUUGAAACUCAAGGUGGUGAUGUCUCUGCUUAUAUCCCAACAAAUGUCAUUUCCAUUACUGAUGGUCAAAUCUUUUUGGAAGCAGAAUUGUUCUACAAGGGUAUCAGACCUGCCAUUAAUGUCGGUCUUUCCGUCUCUCGUGUCGGUUCCGCUGCUCAAGUGAAAGCUUUGAAACAAGUCGCUGGUUCUUUGAAAUUAUUCUUGGCUCAAUAUAGAGAAGUUGCUGCAUUUGCUCAAUUCGGUUCCGAUUUAGAUGCUUCCACAAAGCAAACUUUAACCAGAGGUGAAAGAUUAACUCAAUUAUUGAAACAAAACCAAUAUUCUCCAUUAUCUGCAGAAGAACAAGUUCCAUUGAUUUACGCAGGUGUCAAUGGUCAUUUAGAUAAUAUUGAAUUAUCAAGAAUCGGUGAAUUCGAAUCUUCAUUCUUAGCAUUCUUGAAAUCAAAUCAUGAAUCCAUCUUGAAAGACAUUAGAGAAAAGGGUGAAUUAACCAAGGACUUGAUGGCUUCUUUGAAAUCUGCCACUGAAUCAUUCGUGGCCACUUUUUAA